AUGUCUUACAACUGCAGCUCUGGAAACUUCUCCUCCCAGUCUUUUGGAGGUUUUCUGAGGUACCCGGUUUCAACCUUCAAUUCCUCCUACCCCAGCAAUGUAUUCUACUCUCCAAAAUCCUUCCACCUGGGCUCCUCUUUCUACAAUGGACAACAGGAGACCUUCGGUGAGCCCAUCGACUGCCAGGAAACAGGUGCUGGGUUCUCACCUUAUCAGUCAUCCUGCUACCGACCCAAGCAUUUCACCUUCUCUAGGCCCUGCCAUGCCAACUUCACUGGAUCCUACGGUUAUGGCAACUCGGGUUUCGGAUCUUUUGGAUUUGGAGGUUCUGGCAUCCAGUCUCUGGGAUGUGGCUCCAAUUUCUACCGCCCAACCUAUGUCCCUUACCGGAGUUGCCAGUCAUCUUGGAACCAACCAGGCUUUGGCUCCCGCUUUUUCCAAUCAAGUUUCUGA